AUGCUCGCUCGUGGCUCCGAUGAUCCUCCACCGUCCGAUCACCACAACCACCGUGACUACAAGUGCUCCGUCUGUGGCAAGUCGUUCCCGUCUUACCAAGCUUUAGGUGGACACAAAACCAGUCACCGGAAACCGGUUAGUAACGACGAACACCCCAACAACGAUAACGGUUCCGUUACUAAUAACGGAAAUAUUAGUAACGGUUUAGUUGGUCAAAGUGGGAAGACUCACAAGUGUUCUAUAUGUUUUAAGUCUUUUCCUUCUGGUCAAGCAUUGGGCGGUCACAAACGGUGUCAUUACGACGGUGGUAACGGUAACGGUAGUAAUAAUCACGGCUUUGACCUUAAUUUACCGGCUGAUCAAGUAAUGGAGGAUUUUACCGACGAGAUACUUGGGAAAAGUCAACUCUCCGACGAAGAAACAAAGUCACCGUUGUGA